AUGACCACUCGUUCGUUGGGAGCCCUGGAAGGUAAAGAAGCGAACGCGAUGGGCAACACCGCGAAAAGCGACUCGGCCGAGAGCGUCAAAGAGUUCCUCUACCAGGCCAAGGAGGAUUUCGAGAAGUGGAAAAAGAACCCGACGAACACGGCGGCCCUCGAAGACUUUGACCGUAUCAAGACGUUGGGUACGGGCUCGUUUGGCCGUGUCAUGAUCGUACAACAUAAGGCAUCCAAGGAGUAUUAUGCCAUGAAAAUACUCGACAAACAGAAAGUGGUCAAGUUGAAACAGGUAGUAGAACACACGUUGAACGAAAAGAACAUUUUACAAGCAAUCAGUUUCCCAUUUCCUCGUCAGUUUGAAAUACCACUUCAAGGACAAUUCCAAUUUACAUACCUAUAUACCUAUAGUAAAUUGGAAUUGUCCUUGAAGUGGUAUUUCAAACUGACGAGGAACGGGAAACUGAUUGCUUGUAAAAUGUUCUUUUCGUUCAACGUGUGUUCUACUAGAACACAACAACAUGGUCAACACGGAAUAUCGUCGGGUCAUUGCGCGUGCAGCGGCCAGCAAAGACUUUGA